AUGUUAAGACUCUCAAGCUCAUUCAGCAAGAAUUUACUCAGCCGACAAUUCUCCAAAGCCAUUGGUAUUGAUCUAGGGACCACAAACUCUUGUGUCGCAGUCCUCGAAGGUGGCCAACCUAAAGUUCUAGAAAACUCUGAAGGUAUGAGAACAACCCCAUCUGUCGUCAGCUUUUCAGCCGAAGGCGAAAGACUCGUCGGUGUUGCAGCCAAGCGCCAAGCUGUCACAAACCCUGAAAACACUUUUUACGCCACCAAAAGACUUAUUGGUCGCCGCUAUGAUGACCCUACGAUCCAGAGAGAUCUAAAGUCCUUAGGCUACAAGCUCAUAAAAGCUCCUAACGGCGACGCUUGGGUUGAAGCCCACGGUAAAAAAUACAGCCCAAGCCAAAUUGGAGCUUUUGUCCUUAUGAAAAUGAAAGAGACUGCUGAGUCAUACUUAGGUGGCCAAGUCAAAAAAGCUGUCAUUACAGUCCCAGCUUACUUCAACGAUUCCCAAAGACAAGCAACCAAAGACGCCGGACAAAUUUCAGGCCUUGAAGUCGAAAGAAUCAUCAAUGAGCCAACAGCUGCUGCUUUAUCAUAUGGCCUUGACAAGAAUGAAGGCAAAGUUAUCGCAGUUUUCGACCUUGGUGGUGGUACUUUUGAUAUCUCAAUUCUUGAAAUUUCACAAGGGGUUUUCGAAGUAAAAGCAACCAAUGGAGACACUGCACUUGGUGGUGAAGAUUUCGAUAAUGUCUUACAAAAUUAUGCCAAUUAAAAAGGCUGGACCUUUUAUUAUUUUAAUAUAAAAAAUGCUGAAUUUAAGUAAAAUUGCAUAUAUUUUGGAAGAAUUUAAGAAAGAAACUAAAAUCGACCUUAAAUUCGACAGGACUGCUUUACAAAGAAUCAGAGAAGCUGCAGAAAAGGCAAAAAUCGAACUUUCAUCAAGCUCACAAACUGAGAUCAACCAGCCUUACAUCACAGCUGAUAAGACAGGGCCAAAACACUUGAAUAUGAAGCUGACCAGGGCAAAAUAUGAACAACUCACUGCAAAUCUUAUUGACAGGACCAAAAAGCCUUGUGAAGUCUGCUUAAAAGAUGCAGGACUCAAUAAAUCCCAAUUGCAAGAAAUCUUAUUAGUAGGUGGUAUGACCAGAAUGCCAAGAGUCCAAGAAUUCGUAAAGGAGUACUAUGGAAAGCCAGGCAACAAAAGUGUCAACCCUGACGAAGCAGUCGCUAUGGGUGCCGCAAUCCAAGCGGGAGUGCUACAAGGAGAAAUGGGAGGCAUUGUCCUUCUUGAUGUCACUCCUUUGUCCCUUGGUAUUGAAACUCUUGGAGGCGUUUUCACAAGAAUUAUCAAUAGAAACACCACAAUUCCAACAAGAAAGUCGCAGGUCUUUUCAACAGCUGCAGACAGCCAAACUACGGUCACAAUCAAAGUCCUUCAAGGCGAAAGAGAAAUGGCCAACGACAACAAGUUGCUAGGAAACUUCGACUUAACUGGAAUCCCACCAGCACCUAGAGGAAUGCCACAAAUUGAAGUCACUUUUGAUAUUGAUGCCAAUGGGCUUGUCCAUGUCAACGCUAAAGAUAAAGCUACAGGCAAAGACCAAAGCUAGUUAGUUAUUAAGACAUGUAUAGAAGUUUGCGGUAAUUCAAUGAGGAUUUCCUCCACCUCAUAAUUCUUCCCUGUUUGCUCGCCAGUUCCAGUUUCAAUAUAUCGAAAAGUUGCUUCUAAUAGGCGAGGGGCUGCAUAUGUUAGAUGGUAGUCAGAUAUAUUGCGUCACCUCGCCGUACGUCAACGGGGUUGCCACAUUGAAAAUCAGAAAAGUUGAAUUUUCUAGUAGAAUCUCAGCCCAAAUGGAAAUCCUUGUCCAGGGCGUAAUUCCUAGAUUCGCGCUAACUCCCCCCCUCCGUGAGUGAACAAAAAUAUUUUGUUCACUCACGGAGGGGGGUUAAUUUUUUUUUUAUAAAAAUAUUUUUUUUCGAAAUUUAAAAAAAUCCUAAUUCGCAAAAAUUGGAAAGCAAAUAUUAAUUUAAUUUAUAAAAUUUAUGUUUUAAAAAGCAAUUCGUUUAAAAUUAAACAGAAUUAGCUCUAUAUUUCAUUAUACUAAUUAUCAUUUAUAUAUCAAAAAUUUUUUUCUAUUAAAACAAUUUUUGUUCACUCACGGAGGGUGGUUUUUUUUUUGGGCAAAAAAUAGCGAUUUUUCUAAUGGUUUUGUUCACUCACGGAGGGGGGGAGUAAGGAAUAGUCCCGAUAGGCCACGACUAACACUAUUGGCUCUAAUUGGAGACCCCUUUCCAACUUCCGAACCCAUUUCCAACUGAGGUAAAAAUUUGGCAUUGGAGUAAAGCAUAAACCCGAUAUUGCGCUUCCCCAAGCCAAGAAAGCCAGGCUGAAUACACAUUCCUGAACGCCCUGCACCUCUGUGGGAUGCCAGCUACAGGAUUUAAGAGAGCGGGUUGGUUCGCCACGCAUUUUAAUAUAUAUGCAAGACCAAAGUAUCACUGUACAGUCUUCUGGAGGACUCAGCAAGGCUGAUAUUGAAAAGAUGGUUAAAGAUGCUGAAAGGUUAAGAGCAGAGGAUGAAAAAAGAAGAAAUGCCAUUGACACUAAGAAUGAGGCCGAUAACACCAUUUAUAACAUUGAGAAAACAAUCCAUGAGCAUAAGGACAAAGUCCCUGAAAAUGUGAGCAAUGAUAUAACACAAGCUAUUAGUGAAUUAAAAGAAAAGAUGAGCGCUGAUGAUGUUGACGGGAUGAGAGCAGGAAUUGACAAGAUUAAGAACUUAUCUUUAGAAAUCGGAAAGAGCAUUUAUCAAGGACAACAACAAAACCAGCAACAGCAGCAAGGGGAUCAAACCACACAAAAUAAUGAAGAUGAUGCGAAUAAGGAUAAGGAUAAGAAAGAAUAA